UUCAAUUUUAGUGUUAGACCGCCAUUGAUCAAGAGAGGAAGCUCGCAGCCAUGGCUUCAUCCUCUCAAGAAGACCUCCCACUGAACGAGAAUGACUCUCAGGACAUGGUGAUAUUCGAGGUGCUAAGCGAGGCGUCAGCCAUGGCUGAACCCGGGAUUGGUGGAGGUGGUGCCGUGCUGGGUCGGCGACGAGCUGCUGAGCCAAGCGAGCAUGGGGUGAAGAAGCGGUACAGAGGAGUGAGGAGACGACCAUGGGGGAAGUAUGCAGCUGAGAUUAGGGACUCGGCGAGGCAAGGGGCGAGGUUGUGGCUAGGGACGUUUGAGACAGCGGAAGAGGCGGCCAUGGCGUAUGAUAGGGCGGCGUUUAGGAUGCGUGGGGCUAAGGCUAUGUUGAACUUCCCGCCUGGAGUUGUGGUCGCCGGUGCCGGACUUAAGGGUAGGGUCGCUGGUGGUGCUGCUGGUGGUGGUGGUGUGAAGUAGUUGGAAUUGGUGAGAGUUUGUGGUGUUCAUGAAGGAAGUGCAAACAAGUUGAGUACAAGGAAUUCAGAGAUGUGUUAGAGUUAGGGUUAGGGUUAGGGUUAGGGUUAGUGUUUGGGUUGAAGAGGAGAAAAUGUAUGUGUAUUAAGUGUGAAUG